CAGCUUCAUUGCCUCACUUCGCCGCUACACGCAACGCAAUCCAUUCCCUAAUCCAGAAACUUCGAAACCCUGUUGUGUCUCUCUUUUAUCGUCCGCCGCUCCCACUCUGAAGCCCGAAACCGACUGCCACCAUCCGUGUCUGCUUCAAGGACUCGACUCGAGACUCAGAAAUGGCUACAGCUCAGUUGACAACAUUGUCGAUCUCAACGAGGAACUUGGCGUCGUUUCAGGGGCUUCGGCCUUCUGAAGCUGUGAAGUUUGGUCCUUCAGUAGGGCAUUUGACUGGUCUCUCUCAGAGGUCCUUUAAGGGUCUGGUUGUUAAAGCGGCAACCAUUGUCACACCCAAGUAUACAUCGAUUAAGCCUUUGGGUGAUAGAGUGUUGGUGAAGAUCCAAACUGCUGAAGAAAAGACUGGUGGAGGAAUUUUACUUCCUACAACGGCUCAAACAAAGCCUCAAGGAGGUGAGGUGGUUGCAAUUGGAGAGGGUAAGACAGCUGGGAAUACAAAAGUGGACCUCAGUGUCAAGACUGGCAACCAAGUUGUGUAUUCCAAAUAUGCUGGGACUGAGCUGGAGUUCAAUGGUUCAAAGCAUCUUAUUCUGAAGGAUGAUGAUAUAGUUGGUAUUCUGGAAACAGAUGAUGUGAAAGAUCUUAAACCCCUGAAUGAUAGAGUUUUAAUCAAGGUUGCCGAGGCUGAAGUAAAAACAUCCGGAGGUCUGUUGCUGACAGAGGCAACCAAAGAAAAACCUUCCAUCGGCACGGUAAUUGCAGUCGGGCCCGGUACUCUCGACGAGGAGGGCAAGAGGAAACCAUUAUCCCUCACCCCAGGGAGCACGGUUUUGUAUUCCAAGUAUGCUGGAAAUGACUUUAAGGGUAAAGACGGAUUGGAAUACAUUGCUUUGAGGGCUUCAGAUGUUAUUGCUAUUCUUUCAUAAAUUAAUGAACUGAACUCAAAUGUGCUUGUCAUGUAGCUGGAAUUUUGUCGGUGAAGUUGUCUCACCUUAAUGCAUAUCGAUAAGUAGAUCAGGUUUUGUGCAUUAGCUAUUACGAGUUCAUUGAAACAUGCGAACAUGCCAGGUCCAUUUGGUAAUUGAAUGUAUUCAUCCUCCAAUGGCCAUGGCCAUGAAAGGCCAACCUUGUUUUGCAUGACUAGGCCCAAUGAAACAUCUUUAUUUUGUUA